UGAAUUUAGUAAUGAUAAUAAUAAUAAUAAUAAUAAAAAGAGAAAAACAUCGGUAACAAUUAAAUAUAAUUGACAAUAGUUAUACCUGUGUGUGUGUGCAUCGAACCACAAAAGAACAUCAUCGCAACCAUCAUCAUCAUAAUAUAGCAUCAUUGUUAUUGAGACGCAUCAAGUUUCCCCUUUUUCUCUUUCUUCAUAUUUUUUAUAUGGCAUAUAUGCCAACCAUCAUAAUAUAUUAUUACUAUAUUACCAUCAACGACUUGUUGUUGUUUUCCAUGUGAUGCUCGGCUGGUUUUUUCAACCAUCGAUGAUUGUCAUCGUCUUGUUCUAUUGAAAGUCAAUUUUUCUUUUGAAAAUUUUGUCACUAUUAUCCAUUAUAUAUGAUGUGAUUUCUGGUUAUCUAUGAUGUUGUAGUUAAUGUGUGUGUGUGUGUGUGUGAGUGUUUGAUGAUUAUACCAUUUGAUUAUAUAUGUACUUUGAAUAUUCUUUGGAAAAUAAUUCAUCAAUAAUCAAAGGCCAUAUUUCUAAGAAUUUUUCUCAAUCGACAAUCAAAUUCCACUACAUCGUGUAUAAAGCUUUGUUCAUCUGAUGUUUAUCCUAUUUUUUCAUUCAUCGUCAUUCGGUGACACAUAAUCGAUGAAAACAGCAAAUUUCAUAUUUAAACAUUGAUUCUACAAACUAUUUUUAUUGUCUACCAACCAUAUUCUAUCUUCAAAUGUUACGUUGAACUAAAAAUCGAUAUACAUUCUUCUUGUUACUUUUUUUCAACAUUCAGAAUUAAACAUUUUUGUGUAUUUAUUAGAAAAAAUAAAUCAUCAAUUUUUCAACUGUGAUUCAUCAAGGAAAAAAUAAUGGCCACAAUGGAUAUGGAAGAUUUUAUUCUGUCAAAAAGUAAUUUUCCUUUUAAUAUUACAUUGAAUAGUUUAAAGUUUUGGAAAAAACAUUCCUCAUCCAUAACAAUCAACGAAGGUGAAUAUUGUCAAAAAGUUACCUAUUUAGGAAAUAUGUUGACAGCAUGGGCGAAAGGUGAUCCAUCAGUUAAUCGUGCUUUGGAUACAUUAUGGAACAAUCAUGAUAAUCGAAAGAAUCAUCAAAAUCAUACUGAUAUACAAAUGCGAUUAACAAUAUGCAAUUCAGGAUUAAAAGCUGAAACCAAACAAUAUGGCCUUACAGAAUAUUGGGCAAAUAGAAUAACGUAUUGUUGUUGGAAACAAAAAUAUCCGAAAAUUUUUUGUUGGGUAUAUCGCCAUAUUGGUCGUCGUGGUAAACCUGAAUUACGUUGUCAUGCUGUAUUGUGCCAAAAAGAAGAUGUUGCAAAACGUAUGGCCAGAUUGUUGGAAGAACGAUUGGCUAUGGCAUUACGAGAAUUUUUACGGGAAAAAUUAAUACGACAACGAGCACGAAUGUCGUUGAUGGAAAUGCCGAUUAGAAAACAGUUACUAGUCAAAGGUAUGGCCAAUUUUAGGCCACCAAUCGAACGAUCACGUUCAGCACCCCGUUUAGUAUCGAUCUUAGAAGAUGCACAACAGGAAGAGGAUGAAGAACGUGAAUUAUUAAAAUUAUUCCAAAAAGAAGAAGAAGAAGAAGAAGACUAUGAAGAUUUUGCUGAAAUGUCCAGCAUAUCAAUCGAUGAUGAUGACGAUAAUGGUAGUAGUGGUAACAGUGGCAAUAUACGACUACGGAAAUGUACCAAACAUCAUAUCGAUGAUGAUUGUGAUUGUAAUUGUGAUGAUGAUGAAAAUGAUUCAGCCAUUGAUAGUGAAAGUUUUAAAUCUGAUGAAAUCAUGUACAGUACUAACGGAUAGCGCCCCCUCUCAUUGAAAAAAAAACAAAUUCCAGAUUUAUAUCAUGAAUAAUUUUCAUUGACCUUAUGAUCUUUAUGUGUACAGUUUGUGAUCAAUUCUUUUUUUUUCAUUUAUUAAAAUUUGAUUUUCCUUUA